AUGUCGGCAUCAUAUUACGAAUCGGUUUCGCAGCAACCCGACGAUUACUUUGGUCCUCGUUUCAAGCUCGACAACGCUGCGGUGCCGAGUCCUGUACUUGCUGCUGCUGCUGCUGCUGCUGCUGCUGCUGCACCAACCGACGCCUUGCAAGAACAAUACCUAGUUAGGAAAUGGCUUGCUGGUUUCAUCAUAGUCGCCGGCCCCGAGCAGCAAUAG